AUGAUCAUGAUUUUCAUAAAAAUUCAUUAUCAGCUUUGGAGCAUCAAAGCAAUGGUAACUCUAGGAUUAUCUCUUUUAAGCUUUUACAGCAGAAUACAACCUUUAGGAAGAACUUCAAAUAAUAAUGAAACUAAAGUUAAAGAAGUUGCAGAAUCUAAAUUGUUAGCUCUUUAUGAUAAUUACAAAGAUUUAGAUUCGCCUGAUUAUAUUUUAGCUGAAGGAAUGGAGAAAUUAUUAUCGGAUCUUAAUUUGUCACCUGAUGAAUUUAAAGUUUUAGUUUUAGCUUGGCGUUUAAAUGCUGAAACAAUGUGUCAGUUUUCAAAAGAUGAAUUUAUAACAGGUUUAAAAAAUAUGAGAACUGAUUCAAUAAAAAGUAUAUCACAUAAACUCCCAGAGCUUUGCAAAGAAGUUUUAAAUGAUCCUGAAUUGUUUAAGGAUUUGUAUAGAUUUACAUUUCGAUUUGGACUUGAUAAAAUGACCGGUCAAAGGAUUUUACCAUCGGAUAUGGCAAUAUGUCUUUGGAAAAUAGUAUUUUCUCUUAAGGAGCCGCCAAUAUUAGAAAAAUGGCUAAAGUUUUUAGAAAGUCAUCCGAAUAUUAGAGGUAUUCCUUGUGACACAUGGAACAUGUUCUUAAAUUUAAUAGACACUAUAGGAAGUGAUUUAAGCAGUUAUGAUGAUGCUGAAGCAUGGCCUAGUAUUUUUGAUGAUUUUGUCGAAUAUGAAAAUGAUCAAAUGAAUCAAAAUAUAACAAAAGAAAAAGAAGGUAUCAUUCAAGACUGUCUUUAG